AUGGAUCACGCUGGUGGUCAACAAGCCGCCGGCAGGUCACCCUCUUCGGGGCCCGCCAGUAGGCAACAGGAGGAUCACGACAUGCCAGAUGCACAACCAGCAGCGCCAUCUCCACAUGAGAGGAGUGUCCCUCCAUCUUCCAACACAGUCCUCCCCUCCACAGAAAAGCCACCACCUGCGGCGCCAAAGAAGCGCGGUCAGGCUGCAGUCAAGAAGCCCACCAAGCGCAGCAAAGGCAACCCCGGCUCCCGCGUCGGCAAGAAACAAACGGCACCAAAAGCAUUGAGUGGCGACCAAGACGACGAUGGCGACUCGGCCGCGCAGCUUGAGGAGCGCGGCGCUGCCAGCCCGUCCCCUGACGACGACGACUCCAUCGACCCGGGCCCCUACUGUCUGUGCCGCGGCCCGGACGACCACAGGUUUAUGAUCUUCUGUGACAUUUGCCAGGACUGGUUUCAUGGAGAGUGCGUCGACAUGGACAGGGACGUCGGUAACAACCUCGUCGAGCGCUUCGUCUGUCCCAACUGCACAGACCUGGCCAACAACGUGCGCACCCUCUACAAGAAGACGUGCUCCCUCAAGAACUGCACCCAGGAGGCGCGUCUUUAUGGCGACCGCGAGACCAAGGAGGAAGUCAAGCUCGAGGACAAGAGCGUCUUCUGCUCCGACGAGCACCGCCAGCUGUGGUGGGAGAAGUACGUCGCCGCCAUGCCCAAGAAGGAUGGAUCCGGCGCCAAGACGCUUUAUGGCGACAUCACGCAGGCGCAGAUUAUGGCGCUUCUCGGCGAUGCUGUGAGCAAGGCUGACAAGACGAACAACUGGAAACUCGCGGCACGGCCCUUUGCGCCUGAGGAUGGAGACAAUGGGUCGGACCCCAAAAAGGUCCUGCCACCGGGCACACUCACCGACGAGGAGGAGCUGAAGCUGAAGCAGUACGCCGCCGAGCGCUACCAGAUGGGCGAGGACACGGUCGCCUACAGCCGCAUGCUCGAGCUCAUGGACAUGGCGGGCCGGCGCCGCGCGGCCCUCGUCGCGGCUAAGAAGAUGGACGACUCGGUCUGCGGCUACGACUACCGGCUCGACACCAUCGGCGUGCGCCAGCCCUUUGCCGCCUUCAUGGCGACGCAAGAAGCCCAGGAGAUCUUCAAGCAGGGCAGCCUUGAGCACGGCAGCGUCAUGGCCGGCGCCGACCGUAACUUUUGCGACAAGAAGCGUUGCAAGCCCCACCACGGCUGGUACCAGAUUCACACUAAGGACGUGAGGUAUCUGAUGCGCUGUCUGACAUCCGAAGCCAACAAGAAGCUCAACCUCGAGGCCGAGAUCCGGGACGCUGCUGUGCAGAGGAGGCUGAGGAAGGAGCGCGAGGGAAAUGGCGUCGAGUAUCACGGGCAGUACGCGGUGCAGCUUGGAGAUCAGAAUAAAUCUGUGACUGCCGAUGGACCUCUUGAGACGAUCAGCACUUAA